AGUGAUCACUCUUUACCUUGCAGAACUAGGAGAGUCGCAACCGCUGUCGAAGGGCACCCCAUCGCCGCCGCUGUUUUCCGUGAGGAUCCUGGUGCUGUGUCCGAGAGCCACCCUCCGCCGCAAGCAAGGACCCCGUCGCUGCCAUCAGCCGCACGGGCUUCGCUCGGCUUUGUCCUUCAAUGAUGGCAGAAGGGGAGAGUAGUGGUGGUGGCUAGCGUUUGCGUCGCCUCCUGGGUCGUCAUCAUGAGAGUGUCAUGGGGCCUUGUCUUGCGGCCGUCUUUAUGUUUAACUCCGGCACAUUAAUUUCUAUGCUAAUACACCAAUAUUUUUGUCUGUGAUGCAAGCAAACUACCACACACCCUUAGCUUAGACAUUAGAUAGAUAGCUCUCUUCUAGGGUUUUUAAAAGAUUAUGUUCCUCUACAAAAGCAUUGAUAGAUAAUGACCACCUUAUGCAUGUUGAAAAAUAGUACAUAGAAUGGGCGCAGGGUAUUGAAAAAUAGCAGCAUAGACAUGGAAGGGAGCUUGAUGUAAUUAUAAAGCACGCUGCUGUGUGUAACCUUAAACGAAGUUGCAGAGUUGCAAUGGGCAAUGAAACACCUCAUGGAUCGAGCAUACUACUUGUUGAGUAGUUGCAACUUCCAAGCCACAAACAACCUCCGGCGAUGACCAAUAUGAAGCGUGUGUCAUUCCUUCCACCCCUCCUCCUUCCCUUUUUUGGCCUUGCCUUCGCAACCUUUGCCGCCGGCGAUGACCAGUUCAUCUUCUCCGGCUUCACACAAUCCAGCCUAGCCCUCGACGGCGGUGCCGUGGUCACACAAGGAGGCCUCCUUGAUAUGUCCAACGGCACAAACAAUAUCAAAAGCCAUGCUCUUUACCCUACUCCUUUGCGCUUCCGCAAUUCAUCUGGUGGUAAAGUGCAAUCAUUCUCGGCCACCAUCGUCUUUUGUAUCGUCGGCGCAUACCCUGGCGUGAGCGCUAAUGGCCUGGCCUUCUUCAUCGCUCCAAGCAAGAAUUUCUCGGAUGCACAGCUGACGCAGUACUUUGGGAUCCUGAAACCGAACAACAAUGACAACCUCUUUGUUAUCGAGGUUGACACCUUCCAGAACCCCGACAUGCAAGACAUCAACGACAACCACAUCGGCAUCGACAUCAACAGCGUUUUGUCCUUGCAAUCUCACGAGGCUGGCUUCUAUGAGGACUCUAGUGGCGUCUUCAAGAACUUGACGCUGAAUGCUCAAAUAGAGCUGCAAUUGUGGGUGGACUAUGAGGAGGAGGAAACAAGGAUCAAUGUGACCUUGGCUCCACUUCAUAUGGGAAAACCCUCGAGGCCACUGUUGUCCGCAGCCUAUGACCUCUCAGCCGUGCUUACGGACACGGCGUAUAUUGGUUUCUCAUCCACGGCUGAAAUUAUGAACACCCGUCAUUAUGUUCUUGGAUGGAGCUUUGGCAUGAACGGUCAAGCAGCUCCGUCCAUUGACAUCUCCAAGCUUCCAAAGGUGCCUCGUCUACGACAAAGGGCCCAGUCCAAGCUCUUGGCGAUCAUCCUCCCCAUGGCCACUGCAGCACUGAUAAUCUCUGUCGGCACCGUUGUCAUUCUGAUGGUGCGAAGAAGACGAAGGUAUAGUGAGGUGCGCGAGGAUUGGGAGGGCGAGUUCGGUCCACACCGAUUCUCGUACAAGGAUUUAUUCCAGGCCACACAAGGAUUUAAGAGCAAGAACCUAGUUGGAGCAGGAGGGUUCGGGGAGGUUUACAAAGGGGUGCUUCGGUUGUCCAAGAAGGAGAUCGCGGUCAAGAAGAUGUCCCAUGAGUCAAGACAAGGGAUGAAGGAGUUCAUCGCCGAGGUUGUCAGCAUCGGCAAGCUGCGACAUCGCAACCUAGUGCAGCUACUUGGUUACUGCAGGCGGAAAGGUGAGCUGAUGUUGGUGUACGACUACAUGUCAAAUGGCAGCCUCGACAAAUACAUACACUAUCAAGAGGACGACAAGCCCACCUUAAAUUGGGCUCAGAGGUUUCAGGUCAUCAAGGGUAUCGCUACCGGCUUGCUCUACCUCCACGAGAAGUGGGAGAAAGUCGUGAUCCACCGAGACAUCAAGGCAAGCAACGUCCUCCUCGACGAUGAGAUGAACGGCCGGCUCGGUGACUUCGGCCUUGCCCGGUUAUAUGAUCAUGGCGCCGAUCCACAGAGCACACACAUGGUGGGCACGAUGGGGUACCUUGCCCCCGAGCUAGUGCGCACAGGCAAGGCGUCCCCUCGCACCGACGUGUAUGCCUUCGGCAUGUUUCUUCUCGAAGUUACAUGCGGGCAAAAGCCUAUGAAGCAAGAUGCAGAGGGAAAUCAGGUUUUCUUGGUCGACUGGGUCCUGGAGCACUGGAACAACCGGCUGCUUAGCAAGACGGUGGACGCACGGCUCCAGGGCGACUACGGCGUUGACGAAGCGUGCCUCGUGCUGAAGAUAGGACUUCUGUGCCUGCACCCCUUUCCUGGUUCAAGGCCAAGCAUGCGAGAAGUCACGCAGUACCUCGACGGCGAGACCCCGCUGCCGGAGCUGAAGACGACGCAGCUGAGCGUGGACAUGCAGGGGUUGAUGCAGGACAGCGGUUUCAGCACAUCCGUCAUGUCUUACCCCCAGCUGAUGUCCAGCUUUGGGGCAGUGUCCGACCUCUCUGGAGGACGAUGAUAUUCAUGGUGUUUGUGAUUGUUCUCGUCUUGGAUGCUCUAGCUUGGCAUACGAGUAUGAUCAAUUAGAUGCUCACGUAUCUCUGCACUUAUGCUCAUAAUUCUUCGCAUCUAUUUUCCGCUAGAGAUGAAUUUACUAUUGCUUGAUGUUUUUGUAGAGGAACUGUCUUAUUUUGAGGAAUUUGAGAGGAAUCCAUCCUUAUGGAAAAUGCAUGGGUGGGUGCAUGUGAUCCUGUUUAAAAAAACAUAUUUAUCAGAAAUUGAAGAUAUUUGUGUGUGUACAUUGG